GGCACCCACACACACACACACACACAUACACGUACGCGCGCGCGCACGCACACUCUCAGCAGCCCGUCAAUGGGAUACUCAGCAUACGGACUUCUUUGGACUCCUGCAUAAAACGUUCUACCUCUGAAUAUUUGGGUCUGUUUUUCCCCCAAAACAAAUACGCUUCACCUCUGAUCGGUUUGAUUUAGCGGGUUGUUGCUAAAUCACCCUUAUGACUGUGCGGCAUGGGUAGGACGCGGGCUUUUACGCUGUGGGGAGACACCGUCCUGCUCCUCUUGCUCCUCUGGGAAGGCUCCUGGGGACUGUACUUUCCUCAGUCCACAUACUCAGAGAGCAUCUAUGUUGGCCAGGCAGCAGGUACACCAGUGCUGCAGGUGCACGCCAUGCAGGAGAGAGCUUCAGAGCAGCCAUACUUCUGCCUGUACUGGAGGAGGCUCCAGAAAUCUGCUCCUUAUGCAUCAUGGUUCUACAUCGACGCUGUCACUGGAGUGAUCUACAUGAACAAAACUCUGGAUUGGACUGACUUUGAGUCAAUAUCUAGCAGCUGGUUUGCGCACGCAAAGAGGUUGACCCUGAAAGUGACAGCGGCCCCCAUGUCUCAGAAAAUUCUGUGUGCUCAGUUCCCUAAUGCAGAGGUCAGUCUUACAUUCUUCAAUGCCACAGCGCCCACCUGUGGCCAGAUGAAGAUAGAGAAACUGUGCUUCCCUGAUCGGGAUAUAAACCCCCACAUUAAGGAGAACCGCAUGCCUGGACCUCUGCGCCAGCUUCGUCGCUUUACCCAUGCUGACCUCUGCCCCAACUACAACAUCAGCUACAGGGUGAAACCAGAGUCUCCAGUGCCGUUUAUAGUCAAUGACUCCACAUCUGAGCUGGUAGUCACAGCACCUCUAGACCGUGAGGAGAAGGAGGUCUAUCGUCUGAUAUUAACAUGUUUGGUGCAGACAGAAAAGGAAUUGUUCACUAAUUUUACUCCCCUGCAUAUCAGUAUAUAUGAUGAGGAUGACAGUCCCCCUUAUGUGAAUGGCACGGACACUGAGGAUGUGCUUAUAGAAUUUAGCCGCAAUAAGGGAGCAGCAUUUGGCGAUCUGUUUGUGUACGACAGAGACACAACUUCUACCUAUCACAAAGAACAGAGCCAGAAUAAGUAUGUAUGGACACUACUGACUAAUGACUCCUGGAUUAAAGACACAUUUACCAUUCAACAGAACUUCAGUGAGGAAAAGCCCAUCUUCGGCAAUGUGCGAGGGACAGUCUAUAAGUACAAGUUGCGUCUCAUCAGGAAUAUUUCAGUGGAUGAGAAGCGCUCAUUUCAGUUGGACUACCUGGUCAACGACACUACGUUUCGAGGCCCUGAGGGAACUGUGAUGCUGCAUUUUAAUGUUACCAUUUUGCCAGUUUCUAUUAGCUUCAGUAACAUCACCUACUUCUACGUGCUGUCUCGGAAGUCCAUGACCUACUCCCAGAUUGGUGAAGUAUGUGUGGACAACUGCCUGAAGUUCAAGGGUAUUGAAAUUGCAUACCAUUUAGAGUUGAGUGACAGGAACAUCUCGGCUAAUGUUCAGUCCUGCUACACGGCAGUUGAUGUGGCACGGAAUCUGGAGGACAUGUCUGGAGUUCUCUAUGUAAACGACACAGAGCCACUGCGCAGGCCUGAAUGUCAGGAGCUACAGUAUGUGCUUGUUGCUCAUGAGCAGCAUAAGCAGCUUCAGGCAAAAACACUAGUCAUCAUCAUUUUUGAAGGCGAAGCGGAUCCUUUAAGGACAGACGGACAGCGUUCCCUGGCCUGUGCAGAGAAGAGACAGCGUGGGGAGUGUGAGACAUUCAGCGGCCUGGGAACUUCCACUGGAAGAUGUCAGUGGAGACAAGGCACAGAAAAAGUGAUAUCAGAAAAUUACUCCACUUGUUCUCCAGACCUGCGUACAUGUCCAGAUGGCUACUGUGAUGUGAUUGAAAGCAAAAAUAUAUCCAUAUGUCCUCAGGAUUGCACCCGUGAGCCAAUUAUUGGAGGCCAUGAGAGAGGCCUGAUGCUUGGCAUUAAGGCAGGACAUGGAACCUGCUAUUGCUAUUUGGAGAAGUGUUUCUGUGAGCAGGAUGAUAUGGAAGAGGCGAUAUGCGAUGAUAUGUGUAAGACUGUCAUAGCCACUGCAGUCCUUCUCUCGUUCAUCGUCUCCAUCCUCCUCUCCUCCUACUUCAUCCAUCGUUAUCACAAGAGCACCCCUAAACCACCCAUCGCUUCAGCAGAGAUGACUUUCCGCAGGCCUGCCCAGUCCUAUCCUAUCAGCUACUCUGCCAACAAUGUUCGACGAGGUUCACUGGACUCCAUGGAAAACCAGGUGGCCAUCGACACCUUCAAGAUACCUGAGGAUCCAAAAUGGGAAUUCCCACGAAAGAAUCUAGUCCUGGGUAAAACUCUCGGAGAGGGAGAGUUUGGGAAGGUUGUAAAAGCAACAGCAUUCCGCCUUAAAGGAAAGGCAGGAUACACUACAGUAGCUGUAAAAAUGUUGAAAGAAAACGCCUCUCACAGUGAACUUCGUGACCUUUUGUCAGAAUUCACCUUGCUUAAGCAGGUCAACCAUCCACACGUAAUAAAAAUGUACGGAGCUUGUAGCCAGGAUGGUCCCCUGUAUCUGAUCGUUGAAUAUGCCAAGUAUGGAUCACUGCGAAACUUCCUGAGAGAGAGCCGGAAAGUGGGGCCCAGCUAUAUGGGUAGCGAUGCCAACCGUAACUCCAGCUACCUCGAGAAUCCAGAUGAAAGAGCUCUAACCAUGGGAGACCUCAUCUCGUUCGCCUGGCAGAUCUCCAGAGGAAUGCAAUACCUGGCUGAAAUGAAGCUUGUUCAUAGAGAUCUUGCAGCAAGGAAUGUACUGGUAGCAGAGGGCAGGAAGAUGAAGAUUUCAGACUUUGGUUUGUCUCGGGAUGUCUAUGAGGAAGAUUCCUAUGUGAAGAGGAGCAAGGGUCGUAUUCCAGUCAAAUGGAUGGCUAUUGAGUCCUUGUUUGACCAUAUAUAUACCACACAAAGCGAUGUCUGGUCUUUUGGUGUGCUGUUAUGGGAAAUCGUGACCCUGGGUGGAAACCCGUACCCAGGCAUUGCGCCUGAGCGACUCUUUAAUCUUCUCAAGACUGGCUACAGGAUGGAAAAACCAGAGAACUGCACUGAAGAAAUGUAUAGUCUGAUGCUUCGCUGCUGGAAGCAAGAACCAGAUAAGAGACCAACCUUCAGUGAGAUCAGCAAAGAGCUGGAGAAGAUGAUGGUGAAAAGCAGAGACUAUCUGGAUUUGGCAGCUUCCACUCCUGCAGACGCCCUGCUAUAUGAUGACACUCUGUCUGAAGAGGACACUCCUCUAGUGGACUGUAAUAACGCCCCUCUCCCUCGAACCCUCCCUUCCACUUGGAUUGAAAACAAGCUCUAUGGCAUGUCAUACCCGAACUGGCCUGAGAAGAGCCCGGUACUGCUCAACAGACUUGAUGCAACUAAUCCAGAAUUUACAAGAUAUGCCAAUGAUAGUGUUUAUGCAAACUGGAUGGCUUUGCCUUCUCCUGCAAAAAUUAUGGACAAGCUUGAUAGUUAAAAACGAAUGGUGGAAGAUGUGUAAAUGUAUAUUAAACUGUAUAUAAGUUAUAUGAUGCUAAAGUUGGUUCCCUUUUAUUUCUGUCGCUUUAGCAUUCUGUAUAAAGAGGCAUCUGACUGCAAAUUGGCUGGAAUUACUCACACUGUUAUGUGCAGUGUUUAGGUAUCUUCACUUUGAGGUCCUGUUGCCAAUGUUAUAUCACUGCAUGACUGUGUACACAGUUUAAUGUGCAUAUUCGGUGUCUUUCAAGUGCCUGUGUCGCUUCUAAUAUAGCCUCAAGUUAGAAAUAUAACUCAGAUAAAAUUUCAGCCCAGAAAUGAAAAGGGAACUUCUUUUCCAUCACCUGCUGUAGAUUUUUUUUUUUUUUUUUUUUUUGCUAAAUAAUUGUACAAAGAAUGGAUACAAAGGCCAUAGAGAAAAGUACAAAUGUUUCUUGUGCCCAUUUGCCAAAAGAAGAAUACCACUGGAAUUUGUCACCAAAAUGAUCAGAUAUUCUUGUGGUACCUCUGGAAUUUAAACUGAAUUUAAACAGUGUGAAUAUACUGAUUUAGUGUCUCAUGGCCAGUUAUUUUUGAUUUCUUGUGGAGACAUUCUUUGUGCAACCAUUCUAAUGCAAAUGAGUGUGAUUCCUUGUUAUAUUAUCAUAACAUUAUUAAUUUGAAAUCAAUAAAACUGAUAGAAGUCACUUGGCUUUUUGCUUGUUUUUAUAUUAUGGCAAUGAUUUUGUAUAGUAGGCUACAUGCUAUAUAUCAUAUAUAAAUAAAAUCAGAAGAAAUGCUUCUUUAUAAUACAAUGCAUAGUAAGUCCAUGGGUGGCAUGCAUAGUGCUACCCUGAAGUCAUAUUCCCUUCUUGCAUUACCGUAAAAAAUUAGACUACACUAUUAAACACUACUUUCACAUUAAACAUAAAUUUUACCAAAAGAAUAUUGAACAAAAACAUCCCUCACCACAACAACCACACUGACACUGACACUACUGAAUUAGAAAUAUGUCUAAGCUUCUGAAAUGGCAAUCUAUUAUUUCUGAUUGAGCAGCUGCUGCCUCUUGAAUGGAUGAUGACAUGCAUAGAAAAAAUAUAUUGAAUUACUUCAGUACACAGUGUAAUAGUUUUGUACUAUUUGUACAGAUUACUUUUGUAAGCCCAUGCGCAUCCUUGUCACAACAGAAAAAUCAAACAACAUGUUUAUAUCACAGUCAGUAAUUUUGGGGGAAAGUAAACAGAAGCUAGUCAUUUUGUAACUUUUAUCAAAAACAUAAUUUUAUGUGAUCUCUCUCUCUCUCUCUCUUUCUCUCUCUGGUUUUCAAAUCCUGGA